GAUCUCUCCCCGCGGGGCCGGCUGGGAGCUGUAGUCCCGUUCUUGGCCCGCUGCAACCAUGCAAGUGCCGGCGGCGGCGGAGCGCAACAAGGGCCCGAUCCUGGAGGUGCUGCGGCAGUACGCGGUGAGCGGAGCGCAGGCGGCGCCCGGCAGCCUGCGGGUGCUAGAGGUGGGGGCGGGCGCAGGGCUCCACGCCGCGCACUUCGCCCGGGCCCUGCCGCAGACCCGCUGGCAGCCCUCCGACGUCGACCCGCGGGCGCUCCGCAGCAUCUCUGCCUACGUGGAGGCCACACGUGUGCCCAAUUUGCUGCCCCCCAUCCUGCUGGACGUGGCACAGGGUUGGGAGACCUGGGGAGGUGCCCAACCUGCCACCCUCGACCUCCUUGUCAGCAUCAACAUGAUGCACAUCACCGAGCUGUGCUGCACCAAGGGCCUGUUCAAGGGUGCUGGGGUGCUGCUGAAGCCCGGAGGUGUGCUCUUCACCUAUGGGAAAUCCCACGUGGGGCCUCCGGGACACGGCGCUGCUGCGGCAGCUGGCCCAGGCCAACGGGCUGUGCCUGGAGAGGAUGGUGGACAUGCCAGCCAACAACAAGAGUCUCAUCUUCCGCAAGCUGUAACCCGCCCCGCUGGUGCCUCCCGCAGCCUCCCAGCAUCUUGCCAGCACGGGAGCCCCUGCCCCAUUUGUGCCGCCUCGAGGGGCCACACUGUCCCCAUGCCAGUGCCAGACGGGUCUAGGAACCCUGGGGGCAGCAUGGUGCCCCACUUGCUCCAGCCUGGACUGGGCUUGACUGGUGGCCUGGGGGCAGUUCCAUCUGCCCCUGCCUCUUCAGGACUCCCUUUGCAAUGGGGUGCCCCAGCCUGACCCAGGGAAUCCACCACAGCUGCCAUGGCAGGGGGUGGGCUUUGGGGGUGGGCAGUGGGGGGUACAGCAUUCCCAGGCAUGGGGGACACUUCUUACUUGAUGCCAGUUUCCCUGAACAACACUGUGCCAAUGGCUGGGGGACCUAUUGCCCUUCCCCAAGACUGUGCUGCUGCUCCCCCCAAUAAACUCCAGACCUUCACUCUACA